AUGGAAGCCUUGGCCAUUGUGAAUAACCAGGCUCAGAUUCAUCAAAUCUUUGGGGCCAGCCUCAAGUCCGACGAAUGCCACACUGUCAUGCUCAGCCACAUCAUGUACACCAGCAUCGCCACCGGUGGACAGCCCUUUCGAGACGAAGAAUCCCUAGGUGCAUCGGCCAUGCAGUCCUGCCUGGAACAGUUUCUUGCCAACGCCACCCAAAAAUCUCGUUGUGCCGCCCAGGCGGCGUAA